AUGUCAGGAGGUGGUUUUAAGAUCUUCAAAUGGGCCGUUGUCACAGUAGCAAUUGCUUUCAAUAUUCUAGUCUAUUUUUAUCCUGAUAUUCUAAAUGAUUUACAGCAGUGCAAAUGGCAUGAGUUUUCAGAUUCUGGGAGAUUGAAGAGUAAACUAGACUUUAUCAAUGGUUUGGAUCAAUCGAUAAGUGAUAAGAUAUUGUUGAAUUUACCAUUCUUGCAAGAUAUUAAAAUGCUGAAUACUAAAUCGCCUUAUGAUUUACAUAAUGACGUUAAAGACAUUCAUCUUUUGGCAUUUGGCGAUCCACAAAUCAAUGGAAACUGGGCUCUGACGAAGUAUAUUAAGAGAUUAGAUAACUAUGGAAAUGAUUACUAUUUGGGCCAUAUCUAUACUACUAUGAAAGAAAGAUUAAGUCCUAGCCAUGUUGCGGUAAUGGGUGACCAUUUUUCGUCCCAGUGGAUAUACGAUUCUGAAUUUUACAAUAGAACAUACCGAUACGUUGAGCGAAUAUUUACAAGGCCAAUUGAAUACAAACAGAAUGUUCUUGACGUACACGAAAGGCAUGAGGAUUAUGACUGGCAAAAAUGGUUAAGCGAAGAAGUAAAGUUGGACCCGUUGGUAAGAUUCAACUCUAGGGUUUACAACGAUGUCUAUGACUGGUAUAAUUUAGACAAAAAGUAUCCAAAUUUUGAGAAUCCUCUUUUCAUUAAUUUAACUGGUAAUCAUGAUAUAGGAUAUAGUGGAGAUGCAACGUGGCAGCAUUUGGCUAGAUUCCACCUUUUAUUUGGUCAAAAUAAUUAUGUCAUUAAUUAUAACAAGGGAACCCCUGAAGAAUGGAGAAUAAUUGUAUUGGAUUCAUUAACUUUAGAAGGACCUGCGUUACAGGAAGAGUUUUUAAAUUACACUUGGUCAUUUGUGAAUAAUAUUGAGAAAUAUGAAAAUAAGGACUUCAAGGGAUCAACGAUUUUGUUUACUCAUAUUCCGUUCUACAAAAGGGAAGGUUUAUGCAAAGAUGGCCCUGAACACAAGUACUACGUAAAUAACACACAAGAACCUUACAAGAACGGCAAGCUAAGAUCUCAAAAUCAUUUAUCCUAUGAUUCGACUCAAAAAAUCAUGAAUAUUAUGUUCCCUAAAGAUUCUAAGAAUGGAAUAAUAUUAACGGGGCAUGACCACUACGGAUGCAACAGCUGGUAUAAUUUAUUAAGUGAUACUUGGGAAGCUUCUGAAUCUGUGAAACCCACAGGAGAAAGAUUCGCUGUUAGAGAAAUCGUAGUGGAAUCAAUGAUGGGAGAUUUUGAUGGUCAAACAGGUAUACUUACAGGACAUUUUGAUAAAUUUAAACAAACAUGGUUGUUCGAAUUCACCUACUGUUCAUUCUUAGUUCAACACUACUGGUGGUCAUCUAAGAUUUUAACAGUUGUAGCCGUAUUCCUUCUAUCUACCGGGUUUUUAUUUAAAUGGUAA